GAAAAAUUCUGCUGCUCUUUUGUAUUUUGUGGCCAUGGUGUGUAUUGGUGUUUCUAGGAAACAGAUAAACCAGUUUGCAUUCUAGGCGAUGACAGAAGCGACAGGCCUGAGGCGUUUCUUUUCUAAGUUCAUUUGCUGUGUGUCCAAUGCACAAGAUCCAUUUUUAUGAACUUUAAGUUUAUAUCCAGUAACUUGGUUUUUUCUUACCAUUUUUCCCCAACAUUUCUUUGCAGGUGAUGCAGACGAUUCGACUAUUGAAUAUGAACCAUAUGUGUACAUUCCAGCGAAUAGUUACUCGUAUGCCGAGGUUACGAAAAUUACAAACAAGUUUAAUAGAGUUCAUGGCAAAGGAGGGUUUGGUGUAGUUUAUCGUGGAGUUUUAAACAAGCAACAAGUAGCAGUAAAGAUGCUAAACCGAGCUUCCAUCUACAAUAUUGUACAGUUUACCAAAGAGGUUCACGACUUUGUAAAAGUUCGUCACAAAAACUUGGUGAGCCUCAUUGGAUAUUGCGAUGAUGGUGAGCACUUGGCCCUAAUCUACGAAUUCGUGGCAAAUGGUGACUUGAAUGAUCAACUAUCUGGGAAGUUUGGUAAUGUCCCGAGCUGGGAAACCAGGUUGAAAAUCAUCAUAGGAGUAGCACAAGGUCUGGAGUAUUUGCAUAGCGAGUUGCGAAUCCUUCACCGAUAUGUUAAGCCGACAAAUAUCCUACUAGGCGAAAACUUUGAAGCGAAACUGGCUGAUUUCGGGCUGUCUAGAUCCUCUCCAACCAACCCUGACAUACAAGCGUCAAAUAAGAUUUAUGUCAAGCCUGGAAGAGAUCCAUAUCUGCAUCACCAAUACUUCAACUCGAACCGGUUAAACCAAACGAGCGACAUUUAUAGCUUUGGCAUUGUUAUGUUGGAGAUGAUAACCAACCAGCCUGUAGUUGACAACAAGCGUGAGAGUCCUCACAUUUCAAAGUGGGUCGAUUUAAAGGUCGCGAAAGGCGAUACUCUAGAGAUUGUUGAUCUCAGGCUAAACAAUGACUUUGAGCGCGACUCGGUCAGGAAAGCUAUGGAUAUAGCAUGCAGUUGUGCAGCUCGUGCUCAUAAUAGGCCAAGCAUGAGCCAGGUUGUUAUAGAGCUCAAUGAGUGUCUAGCCUUAGAGAUGGCUCGAAGUAAUGGAAGAACUGGGGAGACAACUCAGACUCAGUGAACAACAGAUGACCAUGAGUUCAAUUAUCUCAACAUUUUCAUUGUAUCUUUUCUUACCUCUUUUCUCUCUAAAAGAAGAAAAGACAGAUCGUACAUUGCAUUGUUCACGCAUGGUUGCUGCAUUUCCACUUUAUAGCUGUUCAUUUUCAGUAAUGUUUGAACAGCGAACAAUGUCUCGCCGAAUCUUCGAAGUUCCUCCUUUGACUAUGACGUCUCUCUCAAGUCGACCAUAUGGUUAUGAAAUGAAUAGUAUGCAAACGUUAUAUGAGCCAAUAGAAUCAAAUUGUAA